AAACGGGUUGGUCCAGGACUCGUUCAGGGAGGCGUUGAGGGGCUCCAGCUCCAGCUCGGCCGCCAGCGGCGGGGACUCAUCCAUGGCCACGGGAGAUCGGGGUGAGGGACCUCCUGCUCAGCAAAAUUGGGCCCGGGUUCGUAUCCAGGGAUUUGAACUCCCCUGCUGCCAGAUCCAUCCCGGCCCUGCUGCUCCAGCCGGGAAUUCUGCCAGGAAUGCUGCCGGGAAUUCUGCCAGGAGCGCCCCCCGCUUUCCCCUCGGGAAUUCUGCUCCCCCCCGGGAUGCGCCGCCGCUUUUCCUCCCGGGGAAGCCGCUCCGGUGUGGCCGGGGGUGAUCCCAAAUCCCGGAUUUUUGGGCAGAGGAGCCGCUCCCAGGAAUCGCGGCCGGGAAGGAGCCGGGAAGAGCCGGGGGUUCCAAUUCCCGCAGGAAUCGCAGCCGGGAAGAGCCGGGCAUGGCCCGGACCUGCCGCGAGUCUCAGUUUUAUUACUACGGCAUCAAAUUCGCGCUCUCCGCCUACGCCACGCUCUUCUCGCUGCUGGGGCUGCUGCUCCUGGCCGUGGGGAUCUACGCCGAGGCGGAGCGGCAGCGGCACCGCACGCUGGAGGGGAUUUUCCUGGCGCCGGCCGUGCUGCUGCUCCUGCUGGGAUCCUGCGUCUUCCUGGUGUCCUUCGUGGGCAUGGUCGGCAGCCUCCGCGACAACCGCGCCCUGCUCCGCACGAUGUCCCCAUCGGGGUCGGAUCCGGGACCAUCCGGAUCCUUCUUCCAUCUCCUCCUUCCAGUUCUUCUGGGUGCUGCUGCUGAUCUUCCUGACGGAGCUGCUGCUGAUCCUCGUGGAGAUCAUCUUCGAGAGCAAGAUGAACGAGGUUUUCCACUCCAACCUCCAGGAGGGAAUCCGGCACUACUACGACGACCUGGACUUCAAAAAUAUCCUGGAUUUUGUGCAGGAAAAGUUUUCCUGCUGUGGAGGGGACGAGUUCCGGGACUGGGAGGUGAACCAGUACCACCGGUGCAACGGCAGCGGGGCCCUGGCCUGCGGGGUGCCCCACUCCUGCUGCGUGCGAGGGGCUCCCGGCGGAGUGGUGAACACCCUGUGCGGGUACCGCGCCCUGGACAAGGAGCGCCUGGAGCUGCUGGGCACCAUCCACGUCCGGGGCUGCAUCCACGCCGUGGGGCUCUGGCUCAAGGACAACUUCCAGGCCACCCUGGCCAUCGUCUGCUCCCUGCUGCUGCCUCAGCCUCAGCCCUGCCCUGUUCCCGCUCUCCCCCUCGGCGGCUCCUCCGAGCUCGGCGCUGCCGUAACCGCGCGGAGCCGAUAUUGGAUCCAUCCAUAACUCCUGACAGCUCCGCGGAGCUGGGACGGCAGCGGGGCCGUGACUCAGCGGCAGCGCCGGCGAGGGGGUUUGGGAUCAUGGCUGAGGGGCUUGGUGGCUUUAUUCCCCUUGAUUCCCCAUUUUCCAUAGGAUUCGGGAUCUUGGAUGGCUCUGUUCCCCUUGAUUCCCCAUUUUCUGUGGGAUUUGGGAUCUUGGAUGGGUUUAUUCCCUUUGAUUCGCCAUUUUCCAUAGGAUUCGGGAUCUUGGAUGGGUUUAUUCCCCUUGAUUCCCCAUUUUCUGUGGGAUUUGGGAUCUUGGAUGGUUUUAUUCCCUUUGAUUCCCCAUUUUCCAUAGGAUUUGGGAUCUUGCAUGGCUUCAUUCCCUUUUAUUCCCCAUUUUCUCUGGGAUUUGGGAUCCCCAUUGAGGGGGUUUAUUCCCUUCCACAAUUCCCAGUUUUUUCUGGGAUUUGGGAUCCUGACUGAAGCCUUUGGAUGAUUUUAUUCCCUUCCAAAAUUCCCCAUUUUCUCUGGGAUUUGGGAUCUUGGAUGGCUUUAUUCCCUUUUAUUCCCCAUUUUCUCUGGGAUUUGGGAUCCCCAUUGAGGGGUUUGGAUGGUUUUGUUCCCUUCCACAAUUCCCAUUUUUUCUGGGAUUCCUCAGCAGGAGGAGCAGGAGCCAUCCCUGCCCCAGACCCAGCUCUGCUUCCAUGGAAUGCACACACAAAUCCUUCUGCAAGGCAAAAAUGACAAAUUUGCCCCAAAUCCCACAUUUCAACGGGCUUUUCCAGCUCCAGGGGAUCGGGAUUGGGAUUUGAAUGGGGACUGAUGAUAGUUCAGUAAUGGGAACGAGGCUGCACUCGACAUCCGUGGAAAUGGGAUUGCAAACCCAAAUUCCCAAGGAUGUGCUCUGGGUGGGGAUCAGCACCAUCCCGUUAUUAUCCCAUUAUUAUCCCAUUAUUAUCCCAAUAUUAAUUAUCCCAUUAUUAUCCUGUAAUCCCAGCAGUGUCCCCGGCUCUCCCAGCAGUUCCUGGAAUUCCAGAGCCCUUCCCAAAAAUCGCAGCCAGGAUGAGGCAGCCUCGUCCCAGGCUGUAGGAUAACAGGAAAUUCCCGGAGAUUCCCAGAUUUUUCCCUUUUUCCAAGCCUGAAUUCCCGGAGCUGGGAAAGCCCUGGGAGCCUGCAGCACCCCCAGGAUUGGGAUCGACCCCAUUCCCAGGGAUUGGAACCACCUGGGAGGGACUGGGAAAGUGGGAAUGGGGCAGGAGCCAGCUGAGGGUGGGCAGUACUGGGAGAACAUUCCAGGGAUGGGAUUUCCUGCUUUUUCUGGGUUUGGGAUCCAUGGAAAUCCCCUUGGGAUCCACUUCCAGGUGGAUUUGGGAAGGAAAGAUCGACACUGAGCCAUUUUGUGGGUUCUGUACAACCCAUCCUGGAUUCCAUGUGCAGGUUUGGACGGGAUUUGGGGGAGAAAGAUUGGAAUGUUCCUGGGAGCUCCAGGUCCAGGAUGGACUGGGAAUUGUCCUUGUCCCCUUUUGGGAUACCCUGUCCUCUUUGGGGUGUCCCUGAUGCCUUUGGGAUGUCCCUGAACCCUUUGGGGUCUCUCUGACCCUUUUGGGGUGUUCCUGUUCCCUUUUAGGAUAUCCCUGACCCCUUUUAGGAUAUCCCUGACCCCUUUUGGGGUCUCCCUGACCUGUUUUGGGGUCUCCCUGACCCUUUUGGGGUGUCCCUGACCCUUUUAGGAUGUCCCUGACCCUUUUAAGGUGUCCCUGUCCCCCUUUGGGAUAUCCUGUCCCCUUUGGGAUGUUCCAGACCUUUUUAGGAUAUCCCUGACCAUUUUAGGGUCUGUCUGAUCCUUUUGGGGUCUUCCUGACCCUUUCAGGAUGUCCCUGAUCCUUUUAGGAUCUCUCUGACCCUCUUGGGGUGUCCCUGACCCUUUCAGGAUGUCCCUGAUCCUUUUAGGGUCUCUCUGACCCCUUUGGGGUGUCCCUGAGCCUUUUAGGAUAUCCCUGAGCCUUUUAGGCUCUUCCUGACCCUUUUAGGAUGUCCCUGACCCUUUGACCCUUUUAGGAUGUCCCUGACCCUUUUGGGUGUCCCUGACCCUUUGACCCUUUUAGGAUGUCCCUGACCCUUUCAGGAUGUUCCAGACCCUUUUAGGAUAUCCCUGAUCCUUUUAGGGUCUUCCUGACCCUUUUAGGAUAUCCCUGACCCUUUUGGGAUGUCCCUGACCCUUUUAGGGUCUCUCUGAUCCCUUUGGGGUGUCCCUCCCCAGGUGCUGGGGCUGGCCAUGGCCUGGCUGCACUGGCAGCAGCUGGACGAGCUCCGUUCCCGCUGGGAUUCCGUGGAUUCGCGGCCGGUCCCGGGCGCGGCCCCGCUGGAUCU